AUGGAUAAACCAGCGCACUGGCGCGAGGUGCCAUCCUCAAGUCUCUGCGAUUUAAUCGAAAGUUCCAUGGGUACCCAAGAUUGCUCUUAUGAUGCGCAAAGACGGCGUCAGCUUGAGGAGCAGGUGAACGCGCUUGAGGUGAAGCUCGGCGACCUACACGCCACCGACGUCUCAAGCCUUAGGCGAGCAUACAAGACCCUUGCGCAGCAUGUACAGGCUCUAGAUGUGGAGAGCAAGGCAAGUGAACAGACGGGCAUCUGUUCGUCGCCACAUCUCCCCUCGCUUCUGGACAAGACCAACGCACCCUCCGUGACUUCCGACUUCGUGGCGCAGCAGAUACAGCGACUGGCGGCUGCAACGGCGGCGGUGUACGCAGUCGGAAGGCUGCUGCGAGCGUUACGAAUUCCGGCGGCGGGCCGCACAACUGCUGGGCUGGCGUUGCUCGGUCUCUGCUACACGGGCGUGCGGCUGGUGGCGGCGACUGUGCAGCGGCUGGGUACGACGGCGGCGCGGCGGCGGCGUGCACGGGAUGAGCUGCGCCGCGAUCUUCGAGCAUUGCGGGAGCGCGUGCAGGUGAUGGCAGACCUAGUGGAAAGCGGCCUCCGUCUGCACGGGCUGCACGCCUCACAACAGUCCCAGCUCCAGCUGCUGCAGCAACAGCUUCAACAAGAACAGCAGCAGCUGCAGCAGCAGCAACGGCCUUUCGCUCUAUUUGGCGGCGGCCGCCCCACUCCCCCGGGCGGCGCCGCCGCACAGCCGCCGGGCCUACCGGCUGCCACUGCGGCACCGGAUAUGGCUUAUGGAUAUGAUGCUGGGGCGGGGGCCGAGGCCGAUGAUAGCGGGUGGUGACCGGAGCACGAGGCAAUGGCGCAGGCGGCCUUGCCUGCCCUUGAAGCCGCAUUACCCAGUCCACGAGAAAAAGAAAGAUGUAAAUGUGUGCGCAGGAUAUUGCGCAGAUGUCCGUAUAUGGGAUGGUUACAUCGUGUGUAGCAACCCGUCUCUGGUCGCACUGCGUACGCGGUAUGUACGGAGGGACGUACGGAAAUAUAUAUAGAGAUCUUCUGUUAACGUUUUCUGACGUGUGCGCCUUAUGGCUCCUACGGUCAAUGGUGAAUUUAUGCAAGCAGAUAGGCGUUCUACACGAUGCCGUAUCGGCCUCGGCGGUGUUUGCUGACCUGGUUUAUGCCCACCUUCGGUUUCGAUUAUUGCUAUCGGUUCCGUACUCCCGCAGCAUGCAGCCUUUUUGUGAUCUGGAACUGGGUCGCCGGGGGCUCCGGAGCCCUUGGGAUUUCUGUCCUGGUUGAUUUGAGUAGCACGGUUACCUCCUUAUGGGCUCUACGUGUGAAGGUUGCGGUGGGCGUGGUGCAUCUUUCGUACGGCAGGCGGGUGCUAUGAAGUACGCAAGCUGCUCGUUUGUACAAUUAAUUUGGCCAAUGCUCGGGGCCUCCGAAGAGUUGCAGUGUGCCGCGCGGCUGUGGGGCGGAUUGCUGAAGC